GGAAUAGCCAUACCAUCGGUGGUGACGUCAAGAUGGAGAUGGAGACGCCGGCCGAGCUGAGGAAGACCGACCUCGAGCAACACAAGGAGGAACAGGGGGUGAGUCAGUGAGUGAGUGAGUGAGCGAGUCAGGCAGGGAGGGAGCCAGUCGACACACGCACGAGUCGUGUCUGUGCGAUGCAUUGCAAUGCAUUCAUUGGUGGGUGUCUGUCUCAUUCAUGCUAUGCUGUGUCUGUGUUUGGUCUGUGUGUUUGGUGGGUAUGAUAGGAUUCGGUUGAUGGUGAUGAUGCGGACAUCGCAGAGGACAAUGAGUUUGAGUACGCCGAGGACGAGGAGUUCCAGUAUGAGGACAACGACGACGAUUACGACGAACGGGCCUUCGACGAACCACAGGCAGACGAGGUACCCUACACUCUAUCGAAUCGAUCACUCUCAUCCACACAACUGUCGAUUGACGCACUGUAUGUGUGUGUGUGUGUGUGUGUGACAGGCUGUGUACAAGGGUCCGGUAGCGUAUGUGGUGCUGACGCCGGCCGAGCUGCAGUCGCGCCAGAAGGAGAUGGUCAGCGACACCGCUGAACUCCUCGGCAUUGACAAAGACCUCGCAUGGUCAGCCCAGCCACACUCUCACAAGAGCCUGGCUUACACUACCCAUGGAUGUCAUCAACUCAACUGACAUGUGCACUGCAAUGCGCUGCGUGUUAAUGUUAUGUGCAGGUUUCUGCUGCGCGAGUACCGCUGCUGCCCCGAGGACCUGUCGCAAGACUGGUUCGCAGACGAACGAAAAGUCCGCGAAAAGGUACGGUAUCACAACAACAAUAGCACCCGCAUCAACCGACAAGCCUUCUUGUCGUGUCUGUGGGCAUUUCAGUUCCACCUGCCGAUCCCCGAGGGUCUGGCUGAGAGCCAGCAGGACCGCGACGGCGACAGCAACACCCCGCCGCCCUUCUCCAUCCUCCCAAACCUGCGGGCCACCAAGGCACGACAGUCGCGGGCCAAGGUGACGCCCCCCGAGACACCGAAGGCCAAGGGCAAGGCCGGCACCGCGGCAGCAGCGGCAGCUGCUGCCGUGCGCAACGGUGGGGCGGACGGUGGUGCUGGCGGUGAGGCGGCGGCUUCUGCUGCUGGUGGUGGUGUGGGUGUGGGUGUGUCGAGCAAGGGUGUGCGUGAGGGUGGUGUGCUGACGUUUGACGUUGAGAUGAAGGAGGGUGAGUACUACUGCCCCUUGCUGGCCGACCAUGUGCCGGCCAGCCAGACCACAGAGCUCAAAUGCGGACACCGAUACUCAAACCUGUAAGCACACCAGAGUACUGUACACACACAUUCAUCGAAGGGGCUGGGGAGGGCACAGGGAAGCGCGUGUGUGCGUGUGUCUCUGCAGGUUUUGGUCGCAGUACCUCAAGACGGCUCUGCAGGACGGCAGCUCAUGCCUCGGCAAGAGGUCAGCCAACACGUCAAUGCACCUGACCUGCAGAGUAGGGGGGCCAUCCACUCCAUACGUGAGUGUGUCUGGGUGGCUGUGCUGUGGUGUCUGUGAAUGUGUGCUUGCAGGUGUCCAGCGCCUGGGUGCCGUGAGUUGGUGCCGUCUCACAUGUGGGCCAAGUUCCUCUCUGACGACGAAAUGGCCAAAUUCCAGUCAUUCAACCUCAAGUGUGUAACCCACACAGACGAAAACACCACACACACAGACACAUACACAGCGAGAAGGCAUGUGUCACCUCUCCCUGUCUCUGUGUGUGUGUGUGUGUGUAGUGGUUUUGUGGAGUCGAAUUCCAACAUGCGUUGGUGCCCGGCGGCAGCGUGCGGCAACGCCGUCGAGGACAGGAACUCCACAGGAGACGUCAAAUGCACUUGCGGCAACUGGUACGUACAAACACGUGAAUGAAACGGGUGGAUGGCACAUGCGUGUGUCCAUCGAGGUCGGUCAGUCAACGCAUGUGUGUGUGAUUGAUGUGUCAGGUUCUGUGUGUUCUGUGGUGAGGAGGCGCACCGCCCCAUCCCAUGCGAGACCAUCAAGAAGUGGAACGAAAAGUAAGUACCCACACAAACACACACACACACAGAGCCUCUCUUCUGGGGGGACUGGUUUGCUCACUGUACUGUACUGUCAUGUGAUGAUGUGUGUGUGUGUGUGUGUGUUGUGUACAGGAACCAGAGCGAGGCCGAGAACAUGACAUGGAUUCUGGUCAAUACCAAGAAUUGCCCCAAGUGCAAAAACCCCAUCGAAAAGAACCACGGGUGCAUGCACAUGGUAAGGUACACACACACAGCCAAACCGCCAGCCGCCCUCUCUCUCUUGAUUGAUGUCUGUAUGUGUGUGUGUGUGUGUGUGCACUAUAGACGUGUCGGUGCCGCCACGAGUUCUGCUGGCUCUGCCUGGGCGACUGGAAGGACCACAGAGGUAUGGUAGGCAGGCAGACACACGCACGCGACAUGGGUAUUUAUGUGUGUGUCUCUCUCUCUCUGUGUGCGUGUGUGUGUGCGUGUGUGUGUGCGUGUGCAGGUGACUACUACCGUUGCAACGUGUAUGAGGGCCGCAAGGCCGAGGAGGACCCAAAGGAAGAGGAGCGCAAGAGAGCAAGGGUAUGUAUGCACCUCAACCAACACAGCACACAGCACACAGCUCAGCCCACAGCAUUAAGUAUCUGGGAAGCAUACUUGUCACGCCACGCCCUCCUUCUGUGUGUGUGUACGUGACGCAUUGGUUGACAGGAGUCGUUGGAGCGCUACGCACACUACUUCGAGCGGUGAGGGAGGGAGGGCGGGAGGGAAGAGACGGACCACGGGCAUCCAUGGUGCUCCCCUGUGUGUGUUGUGUGUUGUGUGUCAUCCGUCAGUUACCGUGCCCACAAGCAUGGGCAGGAGGUGGCGACCACCAAACAGCUCCCACAGAUCAAGCAGAGAUGCGAGGUACACACACACACACACACAGAGAGAGAGAGAGAGAGAUUGUUCUGUGUCUUGUGUUGUGUAUGUGUGUAGACGUUGGUGACGAUGGGUUUGGCGACUUACGCUGAGGUGACGUUUCUGCACGAGGCGACACUGCAGAUCAUCAACUGCCGCCGCAUGCUCAAGUUCUCAUACGCCUACGCCUACUUCGCUAACUUUGACAAAAACCAAAAGGCCCUCUUCGAAUUCCACCAAGGUACCUAGCUGCAGACACACAGGCAGGGAGGGAGGGAGAAGGGCGUUUAUCCGUGUGUGUGUGUGUGUGUAUGAUGGUUGAUGUGUGUGCAGGUCAGCUGGAGCACACGCUUGACAAGCUGCAGGAGAAGACGGAGGCCGAGGACCUCACCGAGUAAGGCAUAGCAGAGGGGAUGGAUGGAUGGGUGGCGCGUUGCAUGACGGCCAUAUGUCUGUCUGUGUAUGUGUCUGUCUGUGUGCGUGUGUGUGGGUGUAUGUGUGUGUGUAGGUCGUUCAAGCAGCACGCCGAUACCGACGAGUCGCCCAAGAUGAAGUUCGCCAAGUUCAAACAGGACCUCACAAACCUCACCAACGGUACUUACACAGACACACUCAGACCCCCACGCAAACAACCAGGGCCCGUGUGUCUGUCUGCAAUUCUGUACCGCUUCAGUUGUGAACCAGUUCUUCGAGCGCAUGAAGGACACCUUCGAACACGACUUCGGAUGCAGCUGAUCGGACGGACCUCUCGACCCACACCCACCCCUCUCACCACACACACAUGCAUACCGACUUUCCUCUUCUC